CUAUUGUGCACAACGCCAUCUUAACAAGCAAAUGUACCGUCCUGUGAUUUACUUAUUUAUAUAACGGUACUCGUUCGCAUUGGAAAAAAUAUUAUUUCGCAGAUAUUUUGAUUUUAGUCGGUGAAUAUUCUGUGGUUCUGAGCUAUAUAAAAUUCUUAAAUUGUCAAUGUGAAAGCUGAGGUGAAGACAUACAAUAAAAAUGGCUUCCAAACCACAUACAUUAGAACUUCAAGUGCUUCAAUCAUCUUCGGAAAAAACAGUCUCUACCAUUGGCUUGUCGCCUCCAAGUCCAAAUACACCCACCAUAUGCUUAUCUGAAGCUCCAAAGCCAAACUCAAAUAGAAAUGGAUUCCAUUUCCCAAACCAAGGAUUUAUAGCAGACGACGAGUUGAGUCUGGAUUAUGGCGUGGUACUUAGCGAACAAGAGCGAAAGUGGAAAAUGUCAGGGAUAGGCCUACUUGAUACAGCAAGCUUGUCAUCAAUGCCGGUUGCUUCAGAGGCUAGGAUUGCUUUCAGUCCAGGCUCAAAAUCUUUGCAAACGGUGACACAAAGCCAAACCAUGUAUGAUGGGUUACACAUUCACAGGUGGCCUGGUACACACGGAUCCAACUCAUCCCUGACAAUACCUCAGUUCAACAGCAAGAGGCACAGUCUACCUAUAACAGACACACGUUUUACUCCCAUCUAG